GAUUGGAUGAUACAGUUUCCAUAGCAUCUCGUAGUAGAGAGGUUUCUGGGUUCAGAGGAGGUGGUGGAGGGCCUGCUUAUGGCCCCCCACCAUCACUUCAUGCACGAGAAGGACGUUAUGAGCGGAGACUUGAUGGGUAAGUUCCAAGGUUUCUGUAGGCAGGUAUUUUGUAUUUGAUGUGGUGAGAAACAGAAACUCGUAUUUAGGGGCCCCAGAUGGAUUUAAAGUUUUGGGCAUUCUCAAUGUUUCCUAUUUUGGGUUGGAAACGGAAGUGAUUUCUGUCCCAGUGGCUGGUGUCUUGCGGAAUCAUAGAGGAUACUCCCUGCAGCAGAUUGGAUAUCUACUCCUGAGAUCACAUGGUGGAAGAUUUUCUGUAGCAGCAUCAGUUUUGGAGUUACCUGUCUUCUAGAGUUAAGUAUACCUCCCUCGUGGAUAAUAUCAAGGCCUUCCUUGGAUGUAUCCCUUCUACCAGAUGGAGCUAUUUGGCUACAGGUUUUGUCUUCGGGCUGUUUGGAAUAUUUCUGGAAUAUUCAAGCCUACAGAUUCUUUUAGAAGUUGUUCACGCCUCCCGGUUUCACUAUGUAAAGUCUACAAACAAGUUGGAUUGUCACAAAGUAUCUAGCAGACCAUAAUGAUUCUAUCAGUUGGAUUCUACAAACAAUACUCUACCAUGGAAAUAUGUACUUGGAUAAGGAAAAGCAAAGGCAAUGCUUGAUUUUUCCAUUUUGGAUCUACACAAUUUCUGUGUUGGAAUUAUACUUCUUGAUGGAAUGGGGAAAAUCGAGAUCUUGGACAUUCAUAAAUGCUGGAAUAUAGCUGUUUUCUAAAUGCUGGAAUGGAUGGGAUGUUAUGCUCUCAAGACUCCAUUAGCCGAGGGAAGAGGAUUACUAUCUCAUUUCUUAAACAGGUUGCUGUCCUGUUAAAGGUACUUUAGCUUUGAACACAUGGUGAUCAGUUGUGGAUACAGCUGUCAGAACUGACCGGACUGGAUGGCUACAAUGAACAGUUGGCGGGCAGCUGUGUAUUCCUCGUUUACUGGAAUUGCCGAGAUUUUUUUCUUCUUGCCAGCUGCCUGAUUCGUAUUUAGGGCUGGAGAAUUUUGUGAAUGUGGAUCAAUUUAUAAUUGUCUUCUAUCUCAAGAAAGAAGUCUGGGGGUUUGAGAGUUACAGUUUGUCUGGGACUACUUGCUUCCAGUGGAAUUAUUUUGUCUGGUCACUAAGAUUUUUUUCCUUGUGGUUCAUCUAAAUAUCAUUUGACACCCUUGCCCAUUAAGAAGGUGGAUUACCCCUGUAAGAGGGGCCAAAAUUGGGGAAGUUAUGUUCACAAUUCUCUCCCUAGAUUUAAUUGGGAUUAUAGGUCGUGUUUCCACAGUUGGAAAAGGGCUUCAGAUAACAGGGAGCGUGCUUAUGAACAUAGUGCCUAUGGACACCAUGAACGGGGGACAGGAGCAUUUGAUCGGACACGACAUUACGAUCAGGAUUACUAUAGAGAUCCUCGAGAGCGAACUUUACAACACGGGCUCUAUUAUACUUCUCGGAGUCGAAGUCCAAACCGCUUUGAUGCUCAUGACCCCCGAUACGAACCUAGGGCUCGGGAGCAGUUUACACUGCCCAGUGUGGUACACAGGGAUAUCUACAGGGACGAUAUUACCCGGGAGGUACGAGGCAGAAGGCCAGAGCGGAAUUACCAGCACAGCAGGAGUCGCUCACCACAUUCAUCCCAGUCUAGAAAUCAGUCUCCUCAGAGAUUGGCUAGCCAAGCGUCUAGACCUACCAGGUCCCCUAGCGGCAGCGGCUCUAGGAGUCGAUCUUCCAGUAGUGAUUCACUCAGCAGCAGCAGUAGUACCAGCAGUGACAGCAGUGAGUCUAGCAGCAGUUCAAGUGAUGACUCUCCAGCCCGGUCAGUUCAAUCUGCUGCAGUCCCAGCACCCACUUCCCAGUUACUUUCAUCUCUUGAAAAAGAUGAGCCCCGAAAAAGUUUUGGGAUCAAAGUUCAGAAUCUUCCAGUACGCUCUACAGAUACAAGCCUUAAAGAUGGCCUUUUCCAUGAAUUUAAGAAAUUUGGCAAGGUGACUUCAGUGCAGAUACAUGGAACUUCCGAAGAGAGAUAUGGUCUAGUAUUCUUUCGGCAGCAAGAGGACCAAGAAAAAGCACUGACUGCAUCAAAAGGAAAACUUUUCUUUGGCAUGCAGAUUGAAGUGACAGCAUGGAUAGGGCCAGAAACAGAAAGUGAGAAUGAAUUUCGGCCUUUGGAUGAAAGGAUAGAUGAAUUUCAUCCCAAAGCAACAAGAACUCUUUUUAUUGGCAACCUUGAAAAAACUACUACUUACCAUGACCUUCGAAACAUUUUCCAGCGCUUUGGAGAAAUUGUGGAUAUUGAUAUUAAAAAAGUAAAUGGAGUUCCUCAGUAUGCGUUCUUGCAGUACUGUGAUAUUGCCAGUGUUUGUAAAGCUAUUAAGAAGAUGGAUGGGGAGUACCUUGGAAAUAAUCGUCUCAAGCUGGGGUUUGGAAAGAGCAUGCCUACAAACUGUGUGUGGUUAGAUGGGCUUUCUUCAAAUGUGUCCGAUCAGUAUUUAACACGACAUUUCUGCCGAUACGGGCCUGUGUUAAAGGUGGUAUUUGACCGCUUAAAAGGCAUGGCUCUUGUUCUCUACAAUGAGAUUGAAUACGCACAAGCAGCUGUAAAGGAGACCAAGGGGAGGAAAAUCGGUGGGAAUAAAAUUAAGGUGGAUUUUGCAAAUCGGGAAAGUCAACUGGCAUUUUAUCACUGCAUGGAGAAAUCUGGUCAAGAUAUCAGAGACUUUUAUGAAAUGUUAACAGAAAGAAGAGAGGAACGAAGAGGGUCCUAUGACUACAACCAAGAUCGGGCAUACUAUGAAAGUGUUCGUACUCCAGGCACAUACCCUGAGGACUCCAGGAGGGACUACCCAGUGAGAGGGAGAGAGUUUUACUCAGAAUGGGAAACAUAUCAAGGAGACUAUUAUGAGUCACGGUACUAUGAUGAUCCUCGGGAAUAUAGAGAUUAUAGGAGUGACCCUUACGAACAAGACAUUCGGGAAUACAGCUACAGGCAGAGGGAACGAGAGAGAGAACGUGAAAGAUUUGAAUCUGAGAGGGACAGAGACCAUGAGAGGAGACCCAUUGAGCGAAGUCAGAGUCCAGUGCACUUGCGCCGUCCACAGAGUCCUGGGGCAUCUCCUUCACAGUCAGAGAGGUUGCCAAGUGAUCCUGAGAGGAGGCUGUACAGCCGCUCCUCAGAGCGAAGUGGGAGCUGCAGCUCACUGUCCCCUCCACGGUAUGAUAAACUGGACAAGGUUCGAUUGGAGCGCUAUACAAAAAAUGAGAAGACAGAUAAAGAACGAACUUUUGAUCCCGAAAGAGUAGAGAAGGAGAGACGCUUAGUUCGGAAGGAAAAAGUGGAAAAGGAGAAAUCUGACAAGCAGAAACGGAAAGGGAAGGUUCUUUCUCCUAGUUCUCAGUCUUCAGAAACAGAGCAGGAAAACGAGCGGGAGCAGAGCCCUGAGAAGUGCAGGAGUUCUAACAAGCCGAGCAGAGAGAAAGCUGACAAAGAAGGAAUAGCCAGAAAUCGCCUCGAGCUCAUGCCUUGCGUGGUUUUGACUCGAGUAAAAGAAAAGGAGGGAAAGGUCAUUGAUCACCCCCCUCUGGAAAAACUGAAAGCCAGGCUUGAUAAUGACACUGGGAAGUGUUCUGUCCUGGAACACAAAUUCCAGGCCUCUCAGCCUGAGCCUGCCAAAUCGGACUCCUCCAAAGUGGACUCCACUAGAGGGAAAGUGCCGAGGGACAAGGCCUUAUCAAGCCACACAGAGGUGAGCGAUAAGGAAGGCAGGCCUAAACUCAGGAAGCACCUCAAGCCCGAGCAGACUGCCGAGGGGCUAAGUGCUCUGGAUCUGGAGAAGUUAGAAGCCAGGAAAAGACGCUUUGCAGAUUCCAGUCUGAAAGCAGAAAAGCAAAAACCAGAAGUCAAGAAAAGCAGUUCUGAGACAGAAGAUGCUCGAGUGCUUUUAAAAAAGCAGCCUGACCCGUCAUCGAGGGAUGUUACUCUGCUGAGAGAAGGUGAAUCUGAAAGAAAGCCUGUGAGAAAAGAAAUUCUUAAAAGAGAAUCUAAAAAAAUCAAGCUGGACAGACUUAAUACUGUUCCCAGCCCCAAAGACUGUCAAGAGCUUGUCAGUAUCUCUCCUGGGUCUGGCUUGAGGCCCAGCUCAGAGCUACAAGCAAGACUGGGGGAACCAGUAGGUGAAUCUGUGGAAAAUCAAGACACUCAGUCAAAAAAAGCCAUCCCCUUGAAACCUCAGCUCAAACAGCUGCAGCUCUUAGAUGAUCAAGGAUCGGAAAAAGAGGAUGUCAGGAAAAACUAUUGCAGUCUUCGUGAUGAAACACCUGACCGUAAAUCAGGCCAGGAGAAGCCACAUAUAGUAAAUGCUGAGGAAAAACUUGGCAUUGACAUUGACCACACACAGAGUUACCGGAAACAGAUGGAGCAGAGUCGCAGAAAACAGCAGAUGGAAAUGGAAAUAGCCAAGUCUGAGAAGUUUGGCAGUCCUAAAAAAGACGUAGAUGAAUAUGAAAGGCGUAGCCUUGUUCAUGAGGUAGGCAAACCUCCUCAAGAUGUCACCGAUGACUCACCUCCCAGCAAAAAGAAAAGGAUGGAUCACGUUGAUUUUGAUAUCUGCACCAAAAGAGAGAGGAAUUACAGGAGUUCACGUCAAGUCAGUGAAGAGUCUGAAAGGACUGGCUGUUCUCCCAGUGCACGUCAUGGUUCCCUCCAUGAAGACGAUGAUCCCCUAGGCUCCCCUAGGCUACUGUCAGUGAAAGGGUCUCCUAAAGUAGAUGAGAAAGGUCUCCCCUAUUCUAAUGUAACGGUGAGAGAGGAGUCCUUAAAAUUUAACCCUUAUGAUUCUAGCAGGAGAGAGCAAAUGGCAGACAUGGCCAAAAUCAAACUAUCUGUCUUGAGUUCUGAAGAGGAACUCAAUCGUUGGGAUUCUCAAAUGAAACAAGACUCCAGCAGAUUUGAUGUGAGUUUCCCAAACAGCAUAAUUAAGAGAGACAGCCUGCGAAAGAGGUCUGUACGAGACCUGGAGCCUGGUGAGGUGCCCUCUGAUUCUGAUGAAGAUGGGGAACAUAGAUCCCACUCACCUAGAGCCUCCACACUCUUUGAAAGUCCUCGGCUGUCUUUUUUAUUGAGGGACAGAGAAGACAAACUACGUGAGCGAGAUGAAAGACUCUCUAGUUCUUUAGAAAGAAAUAAGUUUUAUUCUUUUGCACUGGAUAAGACAAUCACACCAGACACAAAAGCUUUGCUUGAAAGAGCUAAAUCCCUCUCUUCAUCCCGUGAAGAAAAUUGGUCCUUUCUGGACUGGGACUCCCGAUUUGCUAAUUUUCGAAACAACAAAGAUAAAGAAAAGGUUGACUCUACCCCAAGACCUAUUCCAUCCUGGUACAUGAAAAAGAAGAAAAUUAGGACUGAUUCAGAAGGGAAACUGGAUGAUAAAAAGGAGGAUCAUAAAGAAGAGGAGCAGGAAAGACAGGAGUUGUUUGCGUCUCGUUUUUUGCACAGUUCUAUAUUUGAGCAGGACUCUAAGCGACUGCAGCAUCUAGAGAGGAAAGACGAGGACCCUGACUUCCCUUCCGGGAGGCUGUACGGAAGACAAGCGUCUGAUGGAGCAAACAGCACGAGCGACCCAGUUCAGGAGCCGGUGGUUCUCUUCCACAGCAGAUUCAUGGAGCUCACACGAAUGCAACAGAAGGAAAAGGAAAAAGACCAAAAAUCCAAAGAGACUGAGAAGCAGGAAGACAUAGAGACUCAUCCCAAAGCCCCAGAACCUGUCACUGAGACUAAGGAGUUGGACCCCAAACCUCCAGUGUCUGUUGGGCCUCCUGUGACCACAGCUGUGACUCUAGAAUCUGAGCCAGCAGCACCAGAGAAGACUAGUGAGAAAACAGGGGAGGUGCUUUCGCUGACAGAAGAGAAGACUGUGGAGCUAGCCACUGUCUUGGAAGAAGCAAAACCUGUAUGUGAGCCGGCUCCUGUCGCUGUGGAACACUCUGAGCAGGUAGACAUGCCCCCAGGAGUGGACACCAAGAAAGAUGCUGCUGUGGUGCCUUCUGCUGAAGAAAGUUCAACCUCCGUCCCGCCCCCUUGUCUGGAUGUCAAGCCUCCAACUCCUGGGGCCUCGUUUUCCCAAGUAGAAAGCAAUAUAGAUGCAAAACCCAGCAGUCCCCAGCCACUUUCAAAAGCAAUUCAGAAGUCUGAGGAGGCUGAAGAGCAGAAAGUGGAAAAGCCAGAUCCAGCUGCUAAUGUUGAACCUAGUGCAAACCAAAAGGCUGAAGUCACUCCUGAAAUUCAGCCCCCAGCUUCUGAAGAUGUAGAGGCCGACCCUCCAGUCACCACAAAAGAUAAGAAGACAAACAAAAGUAAGCGCUCCAGGACCCCAGUGCAGGCAGCUGUAGCAGGUGUUGUGGAGAAGCCUGUCACCAGAAAGAGUGAGAGGAUAGACCGGGAGAAGCUGAAGCGGUCCAGCUCUCCCCGGGGAGAAGCACAGAAGCUGUUAGAGCUGAAGAUGGAGGCAGAGAAGAUUACAAGGACAGCAUCUGCCAACUCCCUUGGGGGUCCUGAGCACCCUGAGCACCCUGAGCCGAGCCUGCCUCUUAGCCGGACAAGGCGCAGAAAUGUCAGGAGUGUUUAUGCCACCAUGGGUGACCAUGGCAACCGCUCCCCAGCAAAAGAGCCUGCUGAGCAGCCAAGGGUGACCAGGAAGAGACUGGAGCGAGAGCAGCAGGAAACCGUGGCAGUUCCCACCACCCCUCGGCGGGGAAGGCCUCCGAAAACACGCCGGCGUGCUGAUGAGGACGAUGAGAAUGAGUCUAAAGAGCCAGUGGAAACAGUCAGGCCAGCCGAGGGAUGGAGGUCUCCAAGAUCUCAAAAAUCAGCAGCCACUGGUGGUUCCCAGGGGAAAAGAGGGAGAAAUGAGCCAAAAGUUGAUGUUGAGCGUCCUGAGGUGGCUGCCGCAGUGAGUCCCCAGGUGAACGUGAAAGAAAGUCACACGAAGUCCAAGGGUGAUAAAGCAGCAGCAGCAGCAGCAGCAGCAGCAGCAGCAGCAGCAAGUGAACAGAAACGUGAUAGGAAGGAGACCAGCACAGAUAAAAGUGCACUCGAAACUCCUCCAGCUGAAGUGGAGAAAAAAACAGUUCCCGAAAAAACCUCCAAGUCAAAGAGAGGAAGAUCUCGAAACACCAGGUCAGCAAUGGAUAGAUCUGCACAUCUGAAAAGCCUGGACACUGCCAGUUCCACCGUAACCACAGGGGCUGCAGGGCAGGUUGUGGACAGUGAAGCUGGGGUUGUGGCAAUCUCCCCUGAGAAAAGUGAAAGUCCCCCAAAAGAGGGUAGUUCCUCAUCCCAGCCGAAGAAUGAUCCAGUUGGUCCUGACAAAGAGCCAGAAAAGGAAGAUGUGUCUGCCUCUAAGCUGACCCCAGAGGCCACACAACUAGCCAAGCAGAUGGAGCUGGAGCAGGCUGUGGAGAACAUCGCAAAGUUCACUGAGCCCUCCUCCAAUGCUGCUUACAAGGGGGCAGGCAGUGGCACAGCUGAAGGCCUGGCCGCGGCGGAGAAAGAUAAGCCUGCACAUCAGGCAAGCGAGACCGAACUGGCUGCGGCCAUUGGCUCUAUCAUCAAUGACAUUUCUGGAGAAUCUGAAAACUUCUCUGCCCCUUCCUCUUUCCCUCCAGGAUCUCAGACAGAUCUACAGCCCCCAGAGGAAGGGUUGGAGCCAGAGACUAAUGAGGCUGUGUCUGGAAUCUUGGAGACAAAGACUGCUACAACAGAGUCUUCUGGGCCACCAGCCAGUGCCUCAGAUCCCUCAGCAGGCCCUGUAGAUACCAAGGAAGCCAGAGGGAACAGCAGUGAAACCUUUCACUCGGUUCAAGAAGCCAAAGGGUCUAAAGUGGAAGUUGCUCCUCCCCGUAAAGACAAAGGGCGCCAAAAGACAACACGGUCACGCCGAAAAAGGAAUACAAACAAGAAAAUGGUCGCUGUCACAGAGUCUCAUGCUCCUGAGGCUGAGCAGGCUCAAAGCCAGAGCCCUGCUGCUAAUGAGGAGACCAUGGCAGUACCCCAAGAACCUCCCCAGGAAGAGAAGCAGAGUGAAGAGCCUCCUCCUACUCCUCCUCGGGUAUGCACCUCUGACCCAAGCAAGACUCCACCUGCAGAGAGCUUGUCGCAAGAGAGCUGCAUUGAAGAAAAGACCCCAUCCAAAGCACCCACACUCCCAGACCUCCCACCUCUUUCCCAGCCAGCAUCAGUGGAUGAUGAACCUCAAGCUAGGUUCAAGGUGCAUUCAAUCAUUGAAAGUGAUCCAGUGACCCCACCCAGUGACUCCAGCAUACCUCCACCCACAAUUCCUUUAGUGACUAUAGCAAAGCUCCCACCCCCUGCCACUUCUGGGGGAGUUCCACAUCAGAGUUCCCCUACUAAGGUGACAGAGUGGAUCACGAGGCAGGAGGAACCACGGGCUCAGUCCACUCCAUCUCCAGCUCUUCCCCCUGACACAAAGGCCUCUGAUGUGGAUACUAGUUCCAGUACCCUAAGGAAGAUCCUCAUGGACCCCAAGUAUGUAUCUGCCACAGGCAUUACUUCCACUAGUGUUACCACAGCUAUUGCAGAGCCUGUGAGUGCAGCCCCUUGCCUACAUGAGGCACCACACCCUCCUGUUGAAUCUAAACAUCCAUUAGAAGAAAAACCAACAGUUCCAGUAACAAAUGCUUCUGAUACCCAUGCCUCAGAGAUUCCGGUAGCUGUUGACAAAGAAAAGGUGGCUCCAGUCAUUGCCCCUAAAAUCACAUCGGUUAUUAGCCGAAUGCCUGUCAGCAUUGAUUUAGAGAAUUCACAGAAGAUUACUUUGGCAAAACCAGCUCCUCAGACCCUGACUGGCCUGGUGAGUGCCCUAACUGGCCUUGUGAAUGUCUCUCUGGUCCCAGUGAAUGCCCUGAAGGGUCCUGUGAAAGGCUCAGUGGCCACCCUGAAAGGUUUGGUGAGCACCCCUGCUGGGCCUGUGAAUGUCCUAAAGGGGCCUGUGAAUGUGCUCACUGGGCCUGUGAAUGUCCUCACCACUCCAGUGAAUGCCACAGUGAGCACAGUGAAUGCUGCCACGGUGGGCACGGUAAACGCUGCUGCAGGUACAGUGAAUGCUGCCCCAGGUGCAGUGAAUGCCACUGCAGGUGCAGUGACAGUCACAGCAGGUGCCAUAACUGCUGCAUCUGGUGGUAUGACUGCCACGACUGGCACAGCAACCAUGACAGGCACAGUGAUCGCUCCAUCGGCCAAGUGUAAACAGAGAUCAAGCAGUAACGAAAACAGUCGUUUCCACCCUGGGUCCAUGUCCGUGAUUGAUGACCGGCCUGCAGACACAGGCUCUGGUGCAGGGCUUCGUGUGAAUACUUCAGAAGGGGUUGUGCUCCUGAGCUACUCGGGCCAGAAGACAGAAGGCCCACAGCGGAUCAGUGCCAAGAUCAGCCAGAUCCCUCCGGCCAGUGCAAUGGACAUUGAAUUUCAACAAUCAGUAUCUAAGUCCCAGGUCAAACCAGAUUCUAUUAUACCAUCACAAUCUGCACCCAAAGGCCCUCAGACCCCCUCAGCCUUUGCAAACGUGGCCACCCAUUCCACCCUGGUACUGACUGCCCAGACGUACAAUGCUUCUCCUGUUAUCUCAUCUGUGAAGGCAGAUCGUCCAUCUUUGGAGAAGCCUGAGCCCAUUCACCUCUCUGUGUCCACUCCUGUCACUCAGGGUGGCACAGUGAAGGUUCUCACCCAGGGCAUUAAUACACCUCCAGUGCUGGUCCACAACCAGCUGGUCCUCACCCCAAGCAUAGUCACCACUAACAAGAAACUUGCUGACCCUGUCACUCUCAAAAUAGAGACCAAGGUCCUUCAACCCGCCAACCUGGGGUCCACUCUCACUCCCCACCACCCUCCCGCUCUGCCCAGCAAACUGCCUACAGAAGUGAACCAUGUCCCGUCAGUACCCAGUAGUCCAGCAGAUCGGACCAUCUCCCAUUUGGCAGCUACAAAGCCAGACACACAUUCUCCUCGACCCAGUGGGCCUACAGCAUCCCCGUUCCCAAGAGCAUGCCAUCCCAGCAGCACCACAUCCACAGCACUCUCCACCAAUGCCACAGUCAUGCUGGCUGCAGGCAUUCCCGUGCCCCAGUUUAUCUCCAGCAUACACCCAGAGCAGUCUGUCAUCAUGCCACCUCACAGCAUCACCCAGACUGUGUCCCUUGGCCAUCUGUCCCAAGGUGAGGUGAGAAUGAACACGCCCACACUGCCCAGCAUCACCUAUAGCAUCCGGCCAGAGACACUACACUCUCCUCGGGCCCCCCUGCAACCCCAACAAAUAGAGGCAAGGGCCCCACAGCGUGUGGGUACACCCCAGCCAGUCACAGCCAGUGUGCCUGCUCUGGCCUCCCAGCACCCUUCUGAGGAAGAAGUGCACUACCACCUCCCCGUUGCUCGAGCUGCAGCUCCUGUACAGUCAGAGGUGCUGGUCAUGCAAUCUGAGUAUCGGCUCCACCCAUACACUGUGCCCCGGGAUGUGAGGAUCAUGGUGCACCCCCAUGUGACAGCUGUCAGUGAACAGCCCAGGGCCACAGAGGGAGUAGUGAAGGUACCACCAGCCAGCAAGGCCCCUCAGCAGCUGGUGAAAGAAGCUGUCAAGACUUCAGAUGCCAAAGUUGUCCCUGCCGCCGCCCCUGCUGCCCCUGCUGCUGCUCCUGCCCCUGCCCCUGCCCCACCCCCUCCCCCUCAUGGUGAAGCACGAAUCCUCACAGUCACCCCCAGCAACCAACUUCAGGGCCUGCCUCUAACCCCACCUGUGGUUGUGACCCAUGGAGUACAGAUCGUGCACUCCAGUGGUGAACUGUUCCAAGAAUACAGAUAUGGUGACAUCCGUACCUACCAUGCUCCAGCCCAGCUCACACAUACUCAGUUUCCUAUUACCUCUUCCAUCGGCCUGCCCUCCAGGACCAAGACUUCUGCCCAGGGCCCUCCUGAAGGUGAACCCUUGCAGUCCACUCAGCCUGCACAGUCUGCCCCGCCUGCACAACCUGUGCAGUCCACACAGCCUGCCCCAGCUACACCAUCCUGCCAGCCCUCCCAACUCAGCCAGCCUGCCCAGCCACCUACUAGCAAGAUGCCUCAGGUCUCCCAAGAGGCAAAGGGGACCCAGACAGGAGUGGAGCAGCCUCGCCUCCCAGCUGUCCCUGCAAACAGGCCACCUGAGCCCCAUGCUCAGGUUCAGAGGGCACAGGUGGAAACAGGCCAGCCAGCCCACCCCUCCCCUGUGUCUGUCUCCGUGAAGCCUGACCUCCCAGCCCCUCUUCCCUCUCAGGCUGCCCCAAAGCAGCCGUUGUUUGUCCCUGCAACCUCAGGCCCAAGCACCCCACCAGUACUGGCUCUUCCGCAUGCUGAUGCCCAGCCAGCCCCCAAACAAGAUGCUUCUCCACACCUGACUUGCCAGAGACCUGUGGAUAUGGUCCAACUUCUGAAGAAGUAUCCCAUCGUGUGGCAGGGCCUAUUGGCCCUCAAGAAUGACACGGCUGCUGUGCAGCUCCACUUUGUCUCUGGCAACAAUGUCCUGGCCCAUCGGUCCCUGCCUCUCUCUGAAGGAGGACCCCCACUGAGGAUCGCCCAAAGGAUGCGGCUGGAGGCCUCACAACUGGAAGGGGUUGCCCGGAGGAUGACGGUGGAAACAGAUUACUGUCUGUUGCUGGCUCUGCCCUGUGGUCGUGACCAAGAGGACGUGGUGAGCCAGACCGAAUCCCUCAAGGCUGCCUUCAUCACUUACCUGCAGGCCAAGCAGGCGGCAGGGAUCAUCAACGUUCCCAAUCCUGGCUCCAAUCAGCCUGCCUAUGUGCUGCAGAUCUUCCCACCCUGUGAGUUCUCAGAGAGCCACCUCUCCCGUCUGGCCCCUGAUCUCCUAGCCAGCGUUUCCAACAUCUCUCCCCACCUCAUGAUUGUCAUUGCCUCUGUGUGAGGCUCUCAGUGGUUGCCACCUCAGUGUAGUUUCCUGAGGCUCUGCUGCAAAAAAUGAACACAGGACAGAACCGUGGACACCCAGCCAGCCAGAGGGGAAGCUGCUGAGGGGCAGACUGCCAGAUGCCAGCCGGCCUCCCUUGCCCUCGAGCUGCCCUCACUCUCGCACCUGCCCAGCUCCGUGGGACAGACCUCCUCUGGGCGGUGGUGCUGCUGCCUAGUAUGUUUACAUGAAAUUUUCGCCCAGGACAGACCACCGACCCAUGGACUCAGACACCUUAGGAGCUGGGAUUCUCUCCUCUUUUUGGAGAAAAGGAACAGAGCAGUGGAAUUCCUGUUUUUGUUACGAAACAAAACAGAACUGCCUUUGCACUAAAUUAGUGACUUGGACUUUUGCACAGUGAAGACAGGCUGUGAUAGAAUACGCUGGACAUUCUGGUGUAGUGAACACACCGUGGACUCAAUGCAGGACUUGGGACUUCUGCUGAAACCUUGGGGUCAAGGAACAUUUCAUGUUUUUUUUUUUUUGCCCCACCUCUCACUUCAUCGGACCUGUCACCUUUCUUAAUUCUGCCGUCUUUGACUCACCGGAUGUACAGUUUACAAUUAAGAGCAAACAGGAUUUUCUUUCUUGGUGGGAUAUGCAGAAAUGGGAUGUGUGUAUAUAUAAAUAUAUAAUAUAUAUAAAUAUAUAUAAUACUGACUUAAAUCAAAUUUCCCUGACAUACAUUUUUUUUAAUCUGUGCCAAAAAUGUGUUUUCAAAGAAAAUCUUAUUUUCAUACUCAGACUUUGUACCGUCACUCAUUUGUAUAAGUGCGCUUCGUUACAGCACGGGUCCUGCUCCUGCAACAUGGAAGUGUCACACAUCACAAGUAAAAAAAGACCUGGCCAAUCCCUCUUCCUGUGACCUGGACCUCUCCCGACUUCCUAAUACUUAUUAAUUUAUGAAACUUUUUCUCAGCGCAGUUUUGUUUUGUGUGUCCAUUGGAUUACAAACUUUAUUAAAAAAUACAAAACA